UCAAAUUACGAGAUCUAGAUUCUAGAGCAUGAGCAUCCAUGCUUCCUCAUCAAUGGAGGUUGGAAUCCAUGAAACCAGAGCCAAAGCCAAAGCCAAGAGAAAACGAACUCCUUCAAGGGCCCUGGUGGCGAAACCCUCGGCACUCCGAUCAGGAAAAGCUCCAGAAGAAGCCGGUGACAUCGAGGAUUUCUCCUCGGAAGAUGCUCUCCGGAUCCGUUCCUCUCUUCUCCGGUGGUACGACGAGCACCAGCGUGUCCUGCCAUGGAGGACGAGAAGCAGCGGCGAUGGCGAAGAAGAGGAAGAGGACCGUGCUUACGCCGUAUGGGUCUCGGAGGUGAUGCUGCAGCAGACGCGUGUGCAGACCGUGAUUGAGUACUAUAACCGGUGGAUGGCACGGUGGCCAACUCUCCGGCUGCUCGCCGGUGCCACCCAGGAGGAGGUUAAUGAGAUGUGGGCUGGCUUGGGAUACUACCGAAGAGCUCGAUUUCUCUUGGAGGGGGCAAAGUCAAUUAUCCAAGAAGGUGAGUUCCCUCAAACAGCUUCUGCACUUCGUGGAGUUAGAGGGAUUGGAGAUUACACAGCAGGUGCAAUUGCUUCAAUAGCUUUCAAUGAGGCAGUGCCGGUUGUUGAUGGAAAUGUGGUUAGAGUGAUCAGCAGGCUGAUGGCCAUCUCAUCAAACCCUAAAGAAACUUCCACAGUGAAAACUUUCUGGAGGUUAGCUGGGCAGUUGGUUGAUCCUGAUAGGCCUGGAGAUUUUAACCAAGCUAUGAUGGAACUUGGAGCAACAUUGUGCAGCAAAACUAGCCCUUCCUGUUCCGCGUGCCCAGUUUCGAAACAAUGCCGAGCUUUUCUUCUCUCCGUAAGCAAUCCAUCAGUAAAAGUCAUCGAUUAUCCUUUGAAGGUUGCAAAAGUAAAGCAGAGGCAUGAUUUUGCUGCUGUCUGUGUUGUUGAAAUAGUGGAAGUCCUGGACCAAAAGUUAUUGAAGGAAGACAACAACAGACCAAGAUAUCUUCUUGUCAAAAGGCCGGAACAAGGACUGCUUGCUGGUCUGUGGGAGUUCCCCUUGGUUUUAAUCGAUGAAAAAGAUACCAAACAAAAUACAAGGAGAAAGACAAUAGACAGAUACCUUAAGAAAAUACUUGAACUCAAAAAUUGCAAUGUGAAUAUGAGGGAAGAUGUUGGUGAGUAUGUUCAUGUUUUCUCUCACAUCCGACUACAUAUGUAUGUUGAGUUGAUGAGUUUGACUCUCACAGGUGGCUCAGAUCUCCUGGUCAAUGAAGAGGAAUCAAGCACAGUUACAAGGAAAAUUGUUGAUGAUCUCUUGAUGAAGAGCAUGGGCUUGACUUCUGGAGUGAGAAAGGUGUACAACAUGAUCUGUGACUUCAAAAAGAGCCAGUUAAUGCAAAGAGCACCAAGGACAAAAACUAGAAGAUCAAUACCGUGAUUUAUAGUUAUUUAAUCAAAAAGAGCCAGUUAAUGCAAAUGCAGAUGAUUACAAAAUAUAUUUGUGAGGUAAGUUAUGUGAUCAAUUUUGUCGCUUGAUACUGUGUUCUCUGUUAUUUGUAUAAUAUCUAUGUUCUUCAAUGUUCACAUUAUUAUAUGCAUGCAAAUUUUGGUCGUAUGUUAAGUUAUGAGAAUGCAGUGGAUUUUCAAGUAGAUUUCUCUGUAUGGUUGUGUUUCAAAUC